AUGUCCAAGAAACAGGAAGUUAAGGAGUACGGCCCGAACGUGAAGAAGGGCGAACUUGUUUACGGCGUCGUGCACAUCUUCGCUUCCUUCAAUGACACGUUCGUGCACGUGACGGACAUGUCAGGCCGCGAAACGUACGUGAAGGUCACAGGUGGUAUGAAGGUGAAGGCCGAUCGCGAUGAGUCUUCUCCCUACGCUGCCAUGAUGGCCGCCCAGGACGUCGUGGCCCGCUGCAAGGAGUGCGGCAUCAAUGCCCUGCACGUCAAGAUGCGCGCCGUCGGUGGAGUGCGCACCAAGUCCCCUGGCCCUGGCGCCCAGGCCGCCCUCCGCGCACUCGCCCGUGCUGGCAUGAAGAUUGGCCGCAUCGAGGAUGUCACCCCGAUUCCGACCGACUCCACCCGCCGCAAGGGCUCCCGCCGUGGUCGUCGUCUGUAA